AUGGGUGGCUUUAGCAUAUUCCUGGGUUGCACGACAGAAGAGAAAAUAGGGAGAGAUGGAGGAGUAAGGCUUGAAAUUGCAGGGGUUUCAGGGAUGAGAGAUGUUGUUUGCUCUCUGGAUGUGUGUUUAUGGAAAGAGAGGAAGAAUAUGAAAGAACAAAGCAGGAAAUUGAGGGAUUCCAGAGGGGAUGCUUGCCUUCGAUCGCCUGAACCCAUAGGCACGCAACUUUUUGGAGUUCCAAGAUCUCAGGCAAUUGGACUUCUCCAUAUGGGUGAAGAGCCACCCACUUUUGUUUCUUGUUUUCUCACCAAAGCUUGA